AUGGCGGUGAACUUUCCCCAACUCCAUCUCCUAUGCCCGACAGAAGAUCGGCACUCUGGAUCGCGAUCAUCAACUGGAUCAUCAGCCGUUGUUUGCGAUUUCUCCAAUCGCGACAGCCUCUACGCCGAUUUCUUCUCCAAUGAUGGCAGCGGUUCCAGAGCAAUCGGAGGUUGCUGCUGCCUUUCCAUUUGUGUCCGGGACCUCAUUGAUGGCUGGCGAUCAUCGUCGAUCCUCGUCGGAUGUGCGAUCGCAAAUAGCGGAGGUUUCCGCAAAAUCCUAGUUCUCUACCCCAUCUUUGACUGGGCUCUAUGCCAGCUAGAUGUUAACAAUGCAUUUCUCAAUGGGCACUUGUCUGAAACAGUUUAUAUGAAACAACCACCUGGGUACGAAGAUCCAACCCGCCCAGAUCAUGUCUGUCACCUACAACGGUCGCUCUACAGGCUCAAACAAGCACCCAGGGCUUGGUUCAAACGGCUGCAUGAGUUCUUACUAUCAGCUGGGUUCGUUGCCUCGAAAACGGAUGUCUCACUUUUUCACUACACUAUUGGGAACUCCCAUGUAUUUCUCCUGGUCUACGUCGACGACAUCCUUAUGAUGGGCAAUGACUCGUCUUUGGUAACCACGCUGCUACACAAGCUAUAUACCACAUUCAAGAUUUGGGAUCUUGGCACACCAAGUUUUUUCCUGGGUAUUGAAACGCUGCACACUGGUAGUGGUCUUGUUCUAUCUCAACAGCGGUAUAUGAAAGAUAUCUUAACCCGAGCAGGUAUGUCUGACUGCAAACCACUGGCAACCCCGGCUGCGGUGACUCAGCCUGCUACACCAUCCAUGGAUCCUAUGGACAAUCCGACACAGUAUCGUCGCAUCGUUGGGGCUCUUCAGUACUUGACUAUCACUCGGCUUGAUAUGUCGUAUGCUGUAAACAGGUUCAUGCACUCUCCGACCGAAGAGCAUUGGUGCAUCCUCAAGCAGGUGUUGCGGUACAUAAAGGGCACACAGGACUAUGGGUUACGCCUGACAGCCUCGGCCUCCUCCGACAUCCAUGCCUUUUCCGAUUCCGACUGGGCUGGUUGCCCUAUUGACAGGAAGUCAACUAGUGGUUACGCAGUGUUUCUGGGAACCAACCUUGUAUCCUGGUUAUCCCGCAAGCAGCGUACAGUGGCUCACUCUUCGAUUGAGGCAGAGUACAAGGGUCUUGCCGAUGUUUCUGCAGAGGUUACUUGGGUUGUAUCAUUGCUUCGGGAACUUGGUCUACACUCUGGUUUGACAACCUCGGGGCUACUUAUUUAG